AUCACUUACCAGCUGUCGCUUGGUAUGGACGGUCGGGUUUAACUGCACUGUUGCUUACUGCAAAUCAGCUCCACACAUCCACAAAAACCAGAACCAGGCAUCAACAAAGCUACGAAGCGAACGAACUGCCAAAAACAGGAAAACCCCCAGACUUCGUGGAUAGUCGGAAAAGCUCGCUCUGCACUUUCGGGUGGCCCGAAAGCUUCCGGCUUUGGUUUGCAACCAGCGAGGGAAGGAGUCGUGUCGGUGAAGUUUGUUUGUCUAUCGCACCAGCCUCACUGUUACAUCGCUGGCGAACCUAAGCGUGUCUCAGUGCAGUUCGUUCGCUUGCACAAGGCGGAAGUUGCUACACAUUGCAGUGGAACUGUUUGCAAGUGCCAUUCCCAAACUCUCCCCUCAUACGGUACCAUCGUGUGCAGUGGGUGUAAGUGUGUAAAUGUGAAUUUUGUUUGUGUUUUUGUGCUUCGAUGCUAGUGAUAAAUUAACUCCCAGGGUUGGAAUAUAGUGAGUGCCAUUCAUACUGCCCCUAUCUGCAAGGUGAUGAUGUAACCAGAACCAGAAGUGCAUUUGGCCAAGCGAUGUGUAAAGUGCGGUGAAAUGAAAUGUAGCAAAUGGUGGAAUGGAUUUCGUGUAACCAAACUUGAACCUAAACCGCACUUGAACUGCAUUAUUGAACAACUUUGUCACUUCAUUCACUUACUGGACAACUGAGGGCUCGGUGUACUUCUACACCAGCAGGGCGGAUCAACUUCAAGGAAACAGCUGUUAAUCUAACGCUGACCCAUCCGGGGUCGGUCUCUAAAUUGGACCUUCAGAUCAACACAAGAAGUGAAGUGUGAACACACCCGGACCAGCCCGGAAGCAACGUUUGCCGGCUUGGCUUGGCGGAAACCAUCAUUGGCAGCGUUUGAAGCGAGAAGUAUUCCACUCAUCGCAAUACCGAUAGCCAGUGUAUCCCUUUGGGACAUUCCAUCGAGUGUUUUUCAUCGUCAGAAUUCCCAUCGUCCGGCACGAUGGUGUUCGUCAGCUCGGCUGUGCUCGGUGCAGCCGCCGGUACCGGUUUGGCCUUGCUGGUCGCUGUCACAAUCGUCAUGUACCGGUAUUACGUGGUACGCCGAAAGGGUAAGGAAUGGGCCGAGCUGGAUCGGCUGGAAGAGAAAAAGGCAGCCCGGAAGAUCAAUCUGCAGGACUGUAACGUGACGAGCGGUUCCGUACCGAUUCAACCAGCCAGCAGCGUCGUUCAUCAUUCAAUUAGCUCCGAGACACUGGGCACGGGUGCAGUCGAAGUAACGCCCAGCCCACUUCAGCCGACACUGUCCGCUACGGGUUCGACGAAAAAAUCAUACGGCACGAGCGACACACGUACAGGACCCGGUUGUCGACCGGCCCAUGCGGCGGCCUCGACCGCCUCACGUAACAACAGCAUGGAGAGUGUUCAUUCGAGAAGUUCGAGCUACCGGGAAAGUGUGCCUAAAUUCAUGACACACGCUAACAGUGACACUCGCUCGACUACUUCUGAUAAUCUAAUCCUUAGGAAAUCCCGAUCACCGAGUCCGAUGCGUACGUUCAGUCUAGAGGGACGCUUUCCUAUCGGUGGCCCGAGUAAUCACAGUGCUGCUGCAGUACUUGCCGACGGUACGGAACGGGGUAGCAAAGCCAGUCUAGCAUCCGUCGUCAGUGGUGGUAGUCCACGCGAUUUCAGCUCACCCAAGAAAAGGAACAGCACCUUCUCUGGUGUUGUGUCACUGGCUGGCGAUGGGAACGUCCCGGACAGUCCCAUCGGUUCCAUCCGUUCCGAUAGCAGCCGUUCGCCCCGACGACGCGUGCCGGUGAUUCUAGCGGCAAACGACAUCCACUCAGUUCUUGGACGCUUUCAUCUGCGGUUAAAGUACGACGGCAGCAAGGAAGAGCUGCUGGUACAUUUGGUUGAGGCACAAGAUCUAACACCGGCUGGAGAUACCGGAUUCCGCGAUCCGUACGUAAAGAUGUACCUGGAGCCGGAUGAGGAGCAGCGAACACAACAGACGGCUGUGCAUCGUACCGAAACGCAUCCGUACUUUGACCAGCAGCUUUCCUUCCCGCUGAAACCUCGCAAUCUCGUCAAGAGCAACUUUGUGCUGCAGCUGUUGGACUAUGAUCGGUUUUCACACGACGAAGUCGUAGGCGAGAUUCGGUUCCUGCUGAACACGUUGGACCUUUCCGGCUGCGAGCUGUGGGGUGAUUUGAUCGCCGUUCGCAAACCCUCCGAAACGACGGCCGAGCUGCUGAUCUCCCUCAGCUACCUUCCCCAGGCCGAGCGGCUCACGGUGGUCGUGAUGAAGGCAAAGAACCUAUCCAUCUCCCAUGAACCAUUCGUUAAGCUAUAUCUGUUGGUAAACGACAAGCGCACGAAAAAACGUAAAACCAGUGCGAUCCGAGCGCUCGACCCAACCAAUCCGAUAUGGAACGAGGCGUUCACGUUCGAGUUGCCCUCGUCCCAGCUGCAGGAUGCCGGCGUGGAGCUGUUCGUAACGUCAAACGAGGCCGAAGGGCAAGAUCUGGGCUGUGGGGUGGGUUUACGCGAAGGUGGCAGCGGUACGCAGCACUGGCAAGAUCUGAUGCAGAACAAUCGUAAACCCAUCGCCAUGUGGCACGUUCUGCGAUAAGACGCACACGCGGAACACAUACGUGUACUUCACACGCACACACAAAUCCACACUGACUAAAAGCUGUAAACGAAGGAUAAAGGGGAAGGGGUGGAAAAACGAUAAACGAUCCUUUCGGGAGCAGUAAAGAAAGGAUUUGGCGAGAUAAAAAGAAUAGUGCAACGAAAGGACAUAACACCCGGCAAGAAUGGCAACGUAAACCUUACCAUCCCCCAUAAAACCAAAGAGAUGUAACUAACCUGUGAAGCGAACAAAAAAGGAGGGCUCCAACUGACAGAACGGGGCCGCGCCAAUGGUAAGGCAUUAUCAAGGUAGUUUUGUUAUGCGUAUUACAUAUUUCAUGCAUGUAGCAUACAGCUGUUUUGAUGCGGGCCGAUAUUUUGCCUAUCUUAUUAACAUUGCGCCUAAAUGUAUGCAAUUUGUAUAACAAAAGGUAUCAAUUUUGUCAAUGUGGGUUAGCAUCACUGAAGCGAAUAGCCGAAGCGCUAUGGCAGCUGUAUGGAGAGUAGAAAAGAAAGAGAGGACGAAUUAUGCCAGCAUCUGGCUGUGGACCUGUAAUGUUUCAUGAAUUCGUUGACUUUUUGUGUUUGCAAAAUGGUAUUCUAUGUCGCAAUGAGUUAAAGAUUGCUUUCGAUAUGAAUCUUUCCAGCCAAAGAUUGCAGAUCACGUUUCAAAACUCUUGUCGGAGGGCGAAUUCCAUAUAAUUUUGUUUCAGUAUUCCAAAAAAUUGUUUCAGUAUUUUGGAAAACAGGACAUAUAAAGGAUCUAGUUAGAAAAUUGCAAAAGAUAAUACGCAAUGUAUGUUUGCUGUUUCGCAAAUGUUUGGUUAUUUUCUUUGUUAUUUUCGCUCUUACACUCUUUUGCUCAUUUUUGUUUCUCAUUUUCAAAAUAAUUUUAAGGUCUUAUGAUUACAAACUGUUUUAAUUUUAAAUUGAUUUGCCCUAUUGAUUUCUAUGUACUCAUUUUUUAUUUUUUAACCCUUUCUAAACAUUAUGUUCUAUACUUAAGAAACAAAAUCAUUAGAAAAUGACACAGUCCCAUGCAUGGAAUAUGGCUUUGAUUAUAACAGAUAAUAGAAAUCUGUAUUUGGCAUAAGGGGAUGUUGUCAAUACGGUUUUGGUAAUGUUAAUAAAUGUUUCUUCUAUUAAAAUAUCUCAAACAUCAUUUAAAACUAUAUACAGAAAUUAAAAGCCUACACAAUUCAUUGCUCGAAAUAAUCAUGCAAGGUGUGAUUAGAGUUGUAGUGUUUUUUUUAAAGAUAUGUUAUCAAAUAUUAAUGUCACGGUUUCAAACAUUGAUACAUAUUUCAGUAAUUGUUGAAAACAUAUUUUUUUAUAAUCAAACUGUAUACAGCAGAAUGUUCUAGAUUAUAUAGAGUUCUGUUUUAUUGAGAACAGUUUUACUGAUUUCAUACAACCAUACAAAAAGUUACCAUAAGUACUUGCACAAACACCGUUGUAAAAUGUAGACUGAUGAAAAGUAUGACUUUAUUGAAAUCAAAGGCAAAACAUAAAAUGAACGAAAAUGCUACUAAGAAAGCAAAAGACAUAUAGAGAUAGCAUAUAUUUAUUCAGCUCAAGUUCAGAACAGACACGUUUAUGAAAGGCCUCAUAUUAAUGAACGGAACAAUGUUAAAUACACGCAAGAGAAAACGAAAUCGCUUUGCCUAUGAAUGCGGUACAAAUAAAGAGGGGGGAAAAUCCCAAAACCCAUCUAACGAAAAUGGAGCUUAAACGUGGCAGAACGACAAAGCUUAAAUAAACAAACGAAACCAAGUAUUGUGAGUGUAUGAGCAUAUAUUUAUAUAAAAUAUUUUAAAACAAAUGUCUAAAGGGUUAGGGAAAACAAAAAAACAACAAACUAACUAAUUAAAAAACCAAAAAAAUAAUACAAACGCUUCUACACACAGUAAACUAUGAAUGUUUUAUAUGCCAUACAUAAAACCACUUGGAAGAUGGAAACCAUAUAAUAGCGAGGAAAUUAGACAAGCAUGUACAAGAGUUUGGCGACUGAUGCAAUGGGAUGUAGGAGAACAACAACAAAAAAAUAACAAAUUUAACGUGAAAACGAAGCGUGUUAGUGUGUGCGUGUACCAUAUUAUAUUCUACUGUAGUAACGUACAUUUGUACGCAUUCGUAUGAUUAUACAAAAUGGCACUAUUUAUACGUAUAUUGGUACAUAUUAUAAAUAUACAUAUAUAUAAAUAUAUACACAAAACUAAUGGUAUGAUAUGAUCAUAGAAAAGAACAAACUGCGAUCGGUUUCUGUAUCAAAUACGGAACUGGAUCAUAGAAUUACGUGUACCAACCACACUUAGGAUGCAGCUAUUUUUGUGACCCAGCACUAAAUUAUUCCCUGUUCAUCAAUAGAGACAAACAAACAUAGAGAACGCACAUAAAGUGAAUAACUAUACAUAAAGAACUAUCAAUUGUACCUUCUGCCGCACACUGAACGUAGCUUCCAUGCAGACAAACACAACUAAAUAAGAUUGCAAAUUCACCUCAACAAAUUAACACACGAAACAGAAAUUCAAUCCCAUCCUCAAAGGAUUUGUUUGAAUGCUCAUAGAUCCUUAAUAGAAGUAAAUGGUGGUACUGUAAUUAAAUAAUCAAUUACAACACUCAAACAACCCUGCUUGGUCGGGGGGGGGGGGGGGGCAACGUGUGUCAGUGGUUUCGUCUCAUUCUAUCAUAUCAGAAAACCCUCGAAAUCGCCCUAAAACGUGUACACACCGCUCCCCCUCCUCCCAAAAUAAAAACAACCCUUAAUAUAAUUAUUAUUAGACGUCUAUUUAUCACCCGACCCUACUUCUAAUCCAUUGCAAAGUGCAAAGCUCCUUACAAUGGAAAACCCUCUUGCUCCAUAACUAAUCCUUAAACUUAACCGCUACAGCAACCGACUUGAAGUGUUGAGCUUCAACAGGCUUGUGACUCCUUUGCGGAAAACUUUCGUAUUACGUGCUUGUUCCUAAGAGGGCAUAUUUGCGUUGCGUCAAACACAAUACCCCCAGUAUCUCCAUUCCUACUCGAGCGCACCAUUUUUCUAUGUAAUUGUACUAACAACAGCAACACUACUCUGUGUGGCAAAGCGUGACAAAACGUAACAUGUACCGAGCAACGAGCUAGUUACAGACAGAGAGACAAACAAAAUGACUAAAACAAAACAUUAAAAUGGAAAACAAACUGUGUUGUACUGUGUAAUACAUCCGCACGGUGGCGGGGAGAGAAUAUUGGUUUUAGAAUAAAAAAAGUCAAAAUACACACUCACACACACAAACAACAGCAACUACCGGCACAGUACUGUUUCCGAUUCCAGCUAUUCUCCCAUUGGGGCGGUUCGGCGGUGAAACUCAUCUCGUUUGUACGAUAGUUCCUGCAUUCCGAUGAACACCCGAUUCGACAUUGACCUUUAACCAUUUGCAUGCCAUUUUCAUGAUUUCACUGAACAGUAGCUAUGCGAAGGAGGACGCUGUCCGCAUGCAAGCAAAGAUCCGAAAGUGUGUGGUGCAAAUGUGGACAAAAAAUGUGCACAGUAGCAAUAGUUUGCGGGUAAAAAAAAGCUCUGGAUUGCGAGAGUUAAGUGUUUUUCCUCAUAUGAAACAAAGCUAGGAAUAAUGUGUAAUGCUAAUUUAGAAACAAAAUCAGAGUGAGGGUUCCCCGUGAUCACACUGCCUCAUUUACACAUUUGACACGUUGGCCUAUUGACUUCUAUCGUGGAAAGCUUUUUCUGCCAACAGCAUCAUUGUGCUUACUUUGAAAAGCCAUAGUGUUGUGGUCACGAAGUGGAAGGCUCCCUAAAUUCGGCGUUAAGGACGUAUGCAGCCACUGAGUGACUGAUGAGCGGUUAGCAGACGAGAGAGCGCCAGACGCUCGUGGGACACCGUCGGGAACACAAGGGCUGAUCGUGUAAUAAAGUAUUGUGUAUUGUUUAUUA